AUGAAGAGUCUCUUAGUCUUUGGGGGCAAUGGAUUUCUAGGAAAGCGAAUCUGUCAAACUGCUAUUGAGCAUGGAUUUAAAGUUACGUCGUUGACAAGGUCUGGGAAACCCCCGAGACCGAUGAUUUCUAGCGAGAAAGAUUGGAUCUCGGAAGUGAAUUGGCGUCAAUGCGAUGUGUUUGAUGUCAACGGUUACAAUGAGUACCUACAGGAUGCUACCAAUGUGGUGCAUUCAAUUGGAAUCCUGCUGGAAGACUCAAGUUAUAAGCAAAAACUGAAGAGUAACGAACCUUUUAAGAUGAGUUCGCCGCAAUGGGGCAAUAAUCCUUUGAAAAAGGACAGCAAGUUUACCUACGAGAUGAUGAACAAACAGAGCGCGCUUAAGAUUGCAGAGGAGCUUGCCAAAAUUCCGGUGGCCGCUGAAAAACGAACAUUCACAUAUAUUUCUGCUGAUCGUGGGUUUCCUUUGGUUUAUUCUGGCUAUAUCACGUCUAAAAGAGAAGCCGAAAUGGGACUCAUGCGGUUAGAGGAAAAACUACGUCCUAUUAUCAUGCGGCCUGGGUUUAUGUUUGAUGAAGUUGUAGCGGCCAGCAAAGGUGGGAAGGAUCUCAGAACUGCUUUUAAGACCGUUUUUGAUACUUUUAAUUUCGCCAACAGACUGAUACUUCGCAACAAACUGGGAUUUGUUAACGAAUUGAUAAGACCUACGGUCUCUACUCAGCAAGUAAGUCGUGCCGUGAUCGCUAAAAUUGAAGAUCCAACGUUUUCUGGUGUUUGUCCAUUGGACGAAAUUCUUGAUGUAUAA